CUCCUUGUGCCUCUACAAAUAAUAAGCUUGAACACAAGUGGGUGUGUGCAGUGCCUAUAAAGUUGCCACGGAAAGCUUGGUGUGGGAGGGUGCACCACUGGGUUCCAGCUCUCUGCUCAGCUGUGCUGUUGUGAUGGGGCUCCAGGCUGGAACAACCCGGCUCCAUGGGGACCUUGUCCUCCUACCCACGGUGGUGGCGAUGCUUCUCCUCUGCGCAAGUGCUGGCCCAGCAGUACCCACUGCCAGCCCCCGGGGUGGGUUCCCCCCAGACUGCAGCCAUCUCCGCAAGACCAGCCCCAGCGGGGUGUACGUCAUCCAGCCGGCACAUUCUCCUCCACGUGUGGUGUGGUGCGACAUGGACACGGAAGGCAAAGGCUGGACUGUUGUCCAGAGAAACUCUCAUGACACUGAACUCACAUGGAAGCAAUCCUGGACCACCUACAAGUAUGGCUUUGGGAACGUGCAAGGUGAUCACUGGCUGGGCACGGAGUACCUGCACCUGCUGACACAGCAAGGCACCUACAAAGUCCGCUUCGUCGUGCGGGAUAAAGCCAAUGUCACCCAUUACGCUGAAUACGACAUCUUCAGGGUGGAGAGCGAGGCCAGUGGGUACCCGCUGCGGCUGGGCCGGUUUUCUGGUGAUGGGGAGGACUAUCUGACCAUCUAUCAUCCUAAGAAAGGGGGCAUACACGACAACAUGAAGUUCAGCACAACUGAUAAGGAUCAGGACCAGUACAGUGGAAACUGCGCCAACAGCUACGGGGGCUGGUGGUAUGACAGGUGCCAGAACGUCCUACUCAACGCCAAAAAACGCAUUGUUUGGCCAGGAUUCUGCGAUAAUGGCGACUGUACAUCCUCCCUCAUCCUGGUCAAGCCCACAGACGUGUGCUGACCGUGCCGCAGCGCCCAGCCUCCCGGGGGUUUCGGGGAGUGCCACCGUCCCCAGCUCAGUGCCCCGUCCCCCUGCCUGCCAACACCCCGUGCCAGCCCCGGUGCAGAUCCUGCGCAGCUGCAGCUCCUGCACCGUCAUCAGCUGGAACACAGCGGCUCUGGGGCUCAGGAGCAAUUGCCCGGAGCCCCGGGCAUGCGGGCAGCUGUGCCCGGUGCCGCAGUGCUGGCCAGCACUGGGACGCAGGCACUGGUUUGGGGUGGGUGCCCCCACUCCUGUCCUGGGGAGACAGUGCACGUUCCCUCCCCUGCGCAGUCGGUGUGCCCCUGCUUUGUUCAGGCCCUGCUCCCCGCCCAGGCCCCAUAGAUCCCUCAGCUCUGCUGCCCACGGUGGGAGAAAUCAGCUGCAAUAAACCCUGGAGCCAGA